AUAUGAAUAAAACAGAAUCUAUUACUAUUACGUGCUAUAGACAGUUUUGUAUAUAGAAAUUGCAGAGAAAUUCUAUUCUUCUUCAUAAAUUAACUCUAUUCUCCACAACAAGAAGAAUAGUAAUUAGCUCAAAAUUUCAUCAAAAAUUAAUUAGAAAAUCAUGUGUUAUGGAGAUGGUGGAUGUAGGCCUUUGGCCUUUCUUCUAGGUCUCCCUUUUGCUCUCCUCUCUCUUCUCGUCUCUCUCGUUGGCGUUAUCGUAUGGAUCGUCGGGUUGACAUUGAGUUGCAUAUGUCCUUGUUGCCUUUGUGCAACUCUGUUGGUUGAAUUGGCAUUGGAGUUGAUAAAAGCCCCAAUUCAUGUUAUGGAGUGGUUCACUGAUCAAAUCCCUUGUUAAUGAGACUUUUUUUGUACACAAUAUGUUACUUUCCCCUUUUCAUUUUUCAUAGCUCAUAUUAUAUGUAUGAUUCUAAGAGAUUACUAUGUUAUUGUUGUUAGCUUCCAUCUUUUAUGGAUGUAAAAAAUAACAAUUUGCUUAAUUUUGAGUUCUCACAUCA